CAAAAAGGAGAAAACAGGAGCACAGUUGCAGAACGGAGGAGAGAAUAGGAUAAACAAAAGGAAAGAGGCAACAGAAAGACUAUAGAAAGAAGAAGAGGGGCGAGGAAGAACUUAACCCCCCCACCGCCACCACAGCGAAGUGAGGAAAAUGGAAAAUCUCUCUUCUCUUAGAAGCCAGCAGAGCGCAGAGCUGAAUCUGACAAGAAAGAUGACUCUCCAUCCCUUUUCUCACCAGUCUGAUUAAACCUCUCACUCUAAAAUGAAGCCAGCACACAGAGCCACAGAAACCAGGGAGUUGAGGACCUGAGCCUUUGCUAAAGAUGCAGGAACUGGAAUGCCUACAGAUUGACUUGAAGAAGCAGCACAAGGUGGAGAAGACAAGGUGACGCCAGGAAACUCCCUAUGAAAACUGCAUCUGCGGCUGACAAGAGAAACCAAAAUUAAAUUCUGGAAUGAGGAAAUCAGUCAGCUUCCUUGUGAAACUGUUUCCAAAAGAUUCAUUUUCGACAAAAUCUGCCUCAGAAAUUCCCAAUCCUUCUGUUUAAGUAUGCAGUAAGCCGGCUGUAAUGAGUUAAUCUACAACAGAGGGAUGAUUUCCUUGUGUGACUAAGACAGUAAGUAGACAGAGCGAGGACUAAUUAAAGUUGUAACAUCUGCCUUCUGAGCUCUAAAUGUGUCUACAGGCUGCAAGCAUCUCUCGCUCCACUUCCUCCGCUCUUAUUUCAGGCCAAAGAAGAGUAAAUAAGGUAUCAGCCUGCUCCUAAACAAUGCAACUAAUCUUCUGCAAGUGGCAUCAUCGUGAUUACCAUAACCAAUGAGUAUACUGUAACUGGGUGCUUCUAAAUAUUCGCAACAGCUUCCAACGGAACUUACACGGCUGAGGGUGGAGGAGGAGGAGGUGGAGGAGGAGAAACUGAGGAGGGUGGGAGGUCUGGACUGGAGCACGUAACAUGCUUACAAAUUAACACCACGACCAAACUCGGACAGCGUGAGUGAGUGAGUGAGUGAGUGAGCGAGUUUCCCUCUCGUCCUCCUGUGGCGGUGCUGCGCCGCUCUGCCUCCUCUCUCUCAUGAGCCAUCUUCCUCGGCUCGAUCGGUCCGCGGAUUCCGCCUCGCCGCUGAUGCAGCCGCUUCACUUCUGACCGACUUCUUCCCCGGCAGCAGCAGCAGCAGCAGCAGGAGGAGGAGCAGCAGCAGCAGCAGCAGCCCCCCUGCACGGCUCUCUGCCCCCGCUGCUGUGUCCAAAGAUAAAGCCGACAACAACAGAAGCCGACACUGCGGGAGGUGACAGAUCCGGAUUCAGACCCAGAUCGAGCCUCUGCAAUCAACAGCGAAGCCGUGUGAGAUAUCGGCCACGCCAGAUCUGCACGGAGCGGGCGAAAAAAUCUUUUUAAGUCAGAGCCGUUUUUUCUUUUCUUUCUUUCUUUUUUUUGUUGUUGUUUCCAUUAACUCGGAUCUGCUCGGUGUGGCUGUGGCGAUGACUUUCUCCUCUUGCAGCCUCGAGAUGAGCCUUUUUCUGGGAGCCUGACUGUGUACAAACGGCCGGACUUUAAGACUUUAUCACCGCGCCCGACUCAUCAACGACGAUAAAAGAGACUUUACUGGUCACCGACAGCGCUUCUACUUGUGGGAGGGCCAAUAAAAAAAAAACAAAAAACAACCAAAACCCAAAAACAUACGUUACUUGCUGCACAUCAAGCCAGGAGGAUCGAGCCCAAGUGCAAGACGAAUGGUUUGGGCAUGGUGCCCACGCCCCAGGUGUGCGUGUCAACCCUGGUCACGGUGAGCACGAUGGCAGUGGUGGACCUCUACCUGCUGGAGCAGAGCAUGCUGGGAGCUCGAGGUCUUCCAGGACCUAGUGUGUGGCAGUAUGCAGCAGUGUUGCUAGGUGACGUGGGCUUCCUGCUCGCACUGCGCUUUGUGUCCGCAGGCGUGGUGUCAGAGGCACGCUCGCCACGUCGGGGUUUUGCAAAUGCCCUCUGGUUCCUGUUCCUGUCCCUGCUCCAGCUCAAGCUCUUCUUCGUGUGCCAUAACUACAGGCAGGAGCGCCGGCCACCGGACCCGCUGGCCAGGAAGACCUUGACGCUGCUGCUCUCCAUCUGUCUUCCCUCCCUGUUUCUUAUCCUGACGGGGGCCGACCACAUGACUCCGCAGCGCAGGAAGCAGGAGGUGCGAGGCCGGCUCCUGUGGGUGGUGGUAGACUUGCUGGAUGUGCUGGACCUUCAGGCUGGGCUGUGGGAAGCCCAAGGAGGAGCCGCAGCGGGCAGUGGAGGGAUCACUGAGCAGAGGCUGCCCAUCUGGGCCGAGGGCCUGGUCUUCUUUUACUGCUACGCACUCCUGCUGCUGCUGCCAUGUGUAGCCCUCACGGAGCUGGGGGCCACUGGCCUGCCAGGACAGAGGGGGCCCCGUAAGGAGGCUCUGUACCCUUGGCUCAGCUUGGUCACUAUCAACAUCUUCACCCUAGCCCUGAGGGGCACGGGCAUGCUGUGGUACAGGGACUCUCGUGUGUCCACUGUGUUCCUGGGGAAGAACCUGCUGGCUCUGGCCGUGAAGCUGAGCUCAGCCUGGGAGAGACACAAGCAAGAGCGCGGUGCUGCGAGAGCUGGGACUGUGGCUGGAGCAGAACCAGGAGACUCGACCCUGCCAAGCCAGAGCUCGGGACAAGUAGAGGGCGAGGCCCAGGGGAAAGCCCCUCCCUCUCAUUAUCACACACUGUCUCGCUCCCAAAGCCACACGCUCCCUCAUGUCAGCCUGGAGCCCUCAGAGACACCCUUAGGACCCUCCUUCAUCUCCCACGAACUCUAGAGAGUCGUUCUGAACAUGCACACGUCCACAAGAGCAUGCACCCCAAAUGUCAGAGCAGUGAUGGGUUCAGUGCUAAACUGUGGAAAUGCUCUGCACAUUUUGUUGUGCUAAGACUAACUAAAAAAUGUAUUACUGUGAUUUGUGGGUAUUUUUAACUUGAACACUGUGAACACAUCUAUCAGGCUGUAAAGAAUAUUCCAGAAAUAUAUGUUGAUGUCUAGUAGUGUUUAUUCCCUUCUUUUAUCUGGGCGCAACUGCCACAGAUGUGUUGAAUUCGUUGCACUCAGAAGCCUUGAAGUUUGUUUGCAGUAUUCAUCACAACUGUUUUAAUUCCGAUUUCUCGCUACAAUCGUCUGUGGGUCUUAUUUCUUAAAGCUGAGCUAAGCUCACGUGGUUUGUGGGAAAAAAUUAGAUGAUCACCAUCCUGCCAAAAUACAGACUGUGACCUUUACUGUACAUUUUCUGUGUCACUUCACAGCGAACCGUGACAGAGAAAAGUUUAAUACAGAAUAGUGAUGAUUUAUUUUUCCUUUUAGUACCACAGAGACAUGAUUCAAAAGUCACCUACCAGUAAAAUUCACACUCUACACAGUGCUUCAGCAUUUCAAUGCAGAGUGUAACCCAGUGAAAAAAACCUUUUUGGCUUGUGGCCCUUUAAAUCAAAGUCUACUCACGAUGCCAAGUGAGGAUUGGUUUCGGAAGUCUGAAGAGGUAAAACUAUCCACUUUUCCACAAUAAAAGAAGCUCAGAGAAGAUGCAGAACAUCAUAAUAAACACAAUAUGUGGAACAGAUGUUUUCUCCUCAUACAGCGCGCAUUUUUUAUUUUAUAUCAUGACCUCCCAGAUCGACUAUUGCCACUCUUUGAAGGAUCCCUACAACAAAUGUCACCGUGAAGGACUUUCAUUCAAACCAAAGGGAAACACCGACUCAUAUUACUCAGUUGUCUGGCAGGAGAUAUUAAUUAGUGAAAUCGCUCACUGUGGCGUUUGGAUGGAGUGAAAACCUGCAGACUCAUGGGCCUCCUGGACGACCAUCCUUGCCAAACUGUGUUUUUUGACUUUACCUAAAUGUAAAUGAUUUAAUUUUAUUUUAUGUAUGUGUACUGAAUCUUUGCUUAUUUUCGCUGUUGGCUGAAACCAUCCAGUGGUGAUUUUAGCACAACAAAAUGUGCACAGCUCAAGAUGCCAAGUGUUUAUGAAAGACACUGUUUCUAUAAAUAAAAUUUUUCAGCGGUAGGGCUUAAGGAUGGGCAAUAAACACUUUGCAUCAUCUUAAUCCUAUUGCAACACAAAACUACAGCACAGGUAUAUUUUAGUACAGUUGUUUACAAAGACAGAAUACCAGUGUAAGUAAUCCCUUUACAGUUUCAGAACACAUUCAAAAUUCAUGUUUUGCCGUCUUCUGUCGUCUGUACUUGUCU